AUGACUCCACCAGCUACGCGUGGUAAAAAUAAAAGGAAUAGACCAGGCGAUAAUGCUAAUAUCGCUUCUGAAAUAUUAAGGAAAAUUCAUGCAAGUGGUAAAGUGACUGAUGGUGAUGUAAAUCAGUUGUACAUGAUAUGGAAGCCAGUUUGUCAAGGCUGCCGUGUGAAUACUAAAGACAACCCUAACUGCUUUUGUGGCUUGAUUCCACCACCCAAUGGAAGUCGUAAAUUUGGCUUAUGGCAGAAAAUGUCUGAUAUUCUUCAAGCACUUGGCCCAGACCCAUCCAAAGAUCUUCGUAGUACUGAGGAAACUCCUUCUGGUCUAACAAAUCUGGGAGCAACAUGCUAUGCCAAUAGUGUACUUCAGUGUCUGUACAUGAAUGCCUCAUUCCGAGAAGGUGUUUUCUCUGUUGAGCCUGAUGUGUUGAAAGAGCAGCCUGUGUUAGAUCAGCUUGUUAGGCUUUUUGCACAGUUGCAUGCUAGUAAAUUGGCUUUUAUUGAUCCAGCUCCAUUUAUAAUGACCCUGGAGUUAGACAAUGCAGUUCAGCAGGAUGGCCAUGAGUUCCUGACCUUGCUUCUUUCACUGCUUGAACGUUGUCUGAGCCACUCGAGGGUUUCUAAGGCGAAAACAAUUGUUCAAGAUCUUUUUCGAGGAAGUGUAUCACAAGUAACAACGUGCUCAAAUUGUGGAAGAGAUUCUGAAGCAUCUUCCAAAACUGAAGACUUCUACGAGCUGCAGAUGAAUGUCAAGGGCUUGGAAAGCUUAGAUGAGAGUUUGGAUCAGUACUUUAGUGUGGAACAGCUUCACGGAGAGAAUCAAUAUGAUUGUGAAUUGUGUAAAAGCAGAGUCGAUGCUACUCACCGCAUUAAACUACGAACACUACCUGAUGUCCUUAAUUUUCAGCUUAAGCGUUAUGAGUUCCUUCCAAAGACUACUACAAGGAAGAAAAUCACAUCUGCAUUUGGUUUCCCUGGAGAACUGGAUAUGGGGCUGAGGCUGUCUGAACCUUCUCAGCUGGAAUGGAUAUAUGACUUGUCAGCUGUGUUGAUUCACAAGGGAACUGCCGCAAAUAGUGGCCAUUACAUUGCUCAUAUCAAGGAUGAGAAUACAGGACAGUGGUGGGAAUUUGAUGAUGAGCGUGUCUCAAACCUAGGUCAUCACCCAUUUGGAGAAGGCUCUUCAAAUUCUAAUACUAUAGGCGUUCAUAGUGACAAAGCUUCACCAUCUUGUGCAGGAGCAAUGCUUGCUGAUACCAGCAGAAGUCAUAUAGAUGCUGUGCAGCCACAAUCUUUGGAAGCUAACAUUUGUAGUUGUAAAGAGAGUUUUUCAUCUACUGAUGCAUACAGGCUGAUGUAUAAUCUUAGGCGUACUAGAAAGAGUGAUGGUAAAAGAGAUCAUAUUGCCAACAAUAUUCAAUUAGAAGGUCAUAAGGGUUUGCACAAUGGCUUUCCUCCUGCAUCUCAUCUCUUUGAGGGUAUAAAUGAUGUGAAUGCAUCAUAUAUUGCUGCUUGUGAAGCGUACAAAUUGAAGAAGGAAAUAGAGGUGCAUCGUAUCACAGAACGGAGACAAGAAGUGCGAUCAGUUCUUUCAGAAGCUUCUGUUCGGUUGCUUGAAGAACCAUUUUACUGGGUUUCUACAGACUGGCUUCGUCAGUGGGCUGACAACAUCAGUCCAGGUGUUAUAGACAACAAACCUAUCCAAUGCUUACAUGGAAAAGUCCCAGUGUCUAAAGUUGGGUCCAUGAAGCGGUUGUCUGCCAAAGCUUGGGGAAUCUUGUUAUCUAAGUAUGAUGGAGGGCCAGCACUGACCAACAGUGACUGCUGCAUGACUUGCCUUAUUGAUGGUGCUAAAUCUGUGGUCUUUGCUGAUAGCUAUAGGGAUCAGAGAACUUUAAUGAGAGAUCUUGCAAAUGAUGUAAUUACUGGGAAGUGCUCAGAUGGAGCAUAUUUUGUGUCUAAGACUUGGUUGCAACAGUGGGUGAGAAGAAAAAAUAUUGAUGCUCCAAGUGAAGCCGAUGCAGAACCAACAGCUGCAAUUAGGUGUCGACAUGGGCAACUACGGCCUGAGCAAACUGGUGCCAAGCAAUUGCUGGUUCCUGAGAAACUUUGGCACUUUUUGUAUGAGGAUGCAGUUGCUGUAAAGUCUGAUGAUCCCUUGGGAUGCACAACUUUUCCUUCAGAUUCUGCACAGUGCUCUGAAUGCAGUGAUGAGAUUUCUGAAGUUGCCUGCUUCGAGGAUUCUAUAAGGGAGAUGAAGCUCAAACAGCGCCAAAAUCAUGAGAAGUUGGCGACCGGGAAGAGUAUUCCCUUGUCUUUGAACUGCAUGUAUUACUUGAUUCCCACUUCAUGGCUCACAAAAUGGAGAAACUACAUAAAUGCAAGUGGCAAGAAUAUUUCUUCAUCAGUGGAGCCUGAAGUUCUUGAUCCUGUUAUUGAUGCACUGAAAUGUGAACGGCAUUCACGACUCCUAGAAAUGCCUCCUGACCUGGUGAACAAACGUGGUGUGCUUAUACAGAAGAGUUCUACUACGGAUGCUUUAACAAUCAUUACAGAGAGUGACUGGAACAGCUUCUGUGAGGAGUGGGGCGGCAACAAGGGGAAAGGCAUAAUGGCAACAAUCGAGACCAGUGAUGUUGCACAAAGUAAGUUGGGUGGUUUCCAGGAAGACAUGUCUUUAUGUAAUGACCAAGCAAAUUCUCAAGAUGAAGUAAACAAUGACCCGGAGAUCAGAGAGCCUUUGAUUAGGACCUCUCCAGAGAGUUGUGAGGAUUGCAUUGGUGAACGAAAAAGUCGUGAGUUGGCAAAGAAGCUGAAUUACUACAAUGAGGACAUAAAUGUAUCUCUUGUACGCGGCAAGGAAGCUCCAAGAUCAAUUUUAGAAGCUUCUUUGGCCACUCCUGAGACGGAUCGGCGGGCCUCCAAACGACCUCGGAAGACUAGUUAUGGGACUUCAGUAAAUCUAAAAGUUUCUUGUUCCACAUCAUUAUACCAGUUAAAAAUGUUGAUAUGGGAAUCGCUUGGGGUGGUUAAGGAGAACCAGAUACUUCACAAAGGUUCAAUGAUAAUUGAUCAGGAAAGUGCUACGCUUGCAGACUUGAGUAUAUUUCCAGGGGAUAAGCUAUGGGUGCAAGAUUCUGAAAUCCACGAGCAUAGAGAUAUUGCUGAUGAGAUUGCUGACCAGAAAGCAAAUGCACAGCAUCCUGAGAAAGGGUUUCAGGGGACACUUUUGACUACAACUACUUCAUCCCAAGUUGCUUAA